AUGCCUGCCUACAACUCCGUCUUCAACUCGGAGCCCAAUCCGCGCCUGAUUGGCAACUUCCCGCUGCUGCCGCUGCGCACCAAGGUCCGCGGCCCGGCCUACACGCUGCCGGCCGCCGACCCGGCGCUGCCGGCGUACGAGUCGCCCGACCCCGACGCCGAGAGCUACGACGUGCUCGACGAGGUGCUCGCGCUGUUCCGCGCAAACACCUUCUUCCGCAACUUUGAGAUCCAGGGCCCCGCAGACCGCCUGCUCAUCUACGGCAUCUGGUUCCUCAGCGACUGUCUGUCCAAGAUCAAGCCGCACGCGACGGCGCGCGACGCCCAAAAAGAGGUCAUGAACCUCGCGCUCGACUUGCACUUUGCGCUGCCGGGCGACCCGGCCUGGCCGCUGAACCAGAUGUACGAACCGCCCCGCGACAGGCAAGACGCUGAGCAGCUUCGUCAGUACAUGGCUCAGGUCCGUCAGGAGCUGGCAGCACGCAUACUCGCCCGCGUCUACGAAGAGGACGACACCAAGCCCAGCAAGUGGUGGCUCAGCUUUACAAAGAGAAAGUUUAUGGGCAAGGCGCUAUAA